CGCAAGGGCGGCGACCGCGAAGUCAAGUGCUCAACAAGUGCUGGAGCUCCAGCGAUGGUGGUCGAGAACGCACCAAAGGCCAACGUCAAAGCGCGCAUGCAGGCGCUGCAGGGCGCCGGCGACGUCAAGGAUCAGCCUCCGGCCGGCGAAGAGGUUGUCACGGGCUGGCUCAAGAAGGCGGGAACCGGUGUCCUGGCAUCCCGCGAGUACAAUCGCUACUGCGUGCUGUACGCCGGCAAGCCCAUGCAUGGGUUUGCACCCACUCUGCUCUACUUUGAGGACGAGGCGCGCUCCAAGCCCAAGGGACAGACAUUGCUGGCUGACGGCACCGCAGUCGAGCAGUCGGGCCUCACUGUGCGGCUCUCUCAGGCGGGCAACAAGGUGCUCGUAAAGCUGACCGCCACGACGACAGGCGAUGCGGACCACUGGCGCUCGAGCCUGAAUGGGGUGCUGGGCCUCGAGACCGACACGACGCCCAGCCGCGUCGAAAAGGUGGCCACGCCGCCACCUGCCAAGCUACCUGCCGCCGUACCGCCGCCGGCCAAGCCGCAAGCCAAGCCGGCCCGAGCCGACCGGCUCUCAGUCGAGAAGGCGAUGGAGACGGCGCGGCUCGAGGCGGAGCGACGCAUCUCGCAGGCGAGUGAGGCUGCCGAGGCGGAGGCGAGCGAGCUGCUCGCAUCCGGUCGCACCUCGCAGGCCGAGACCCUACGCCUCUCGGAGGCGGAAGUGCCGGUGCCCGCGCUGCCCAAGCCGCCGACUGCCGCCGCGGCUGCCGCCGCGGCUCCCGCCGCCGAUUUGGCGAUCGUGCCCGAGACUCCUCGCGGCGUGCCGAGCAACUGGGACCUGCCCAUCACCGCGCCCAAGCAAGUGAUCUUCAGCGCGGAGCUGGGUGCGUCUCCCGAGUCGCAGCGCGACUCGCCGGCUAAGCCGACGGCGCCACUUCAGUCCAAGUCGAGCCUCGGCAUGCUAGAGUCUCUCACGGACGACGAAGAGGAGGAGGCGGCCGCGGCGCUCAAGCCGCCCCCGCCAAGGCUCUCGCUCGUGUCGGCGCCCCGCGCUCCGACGCCGACGACGCCGCCCGCCACGAACCCGGGCAAGACGGUGGUCGAGAUUCGCCUCGACCACGGCCGCCGCCUCUCCAUCGACAUGUCGUCGGCACCGCCGCCCGGCGCGCCGCCGCCGCCGCCGCCCGGUGUGCCGCCGCCCCUCACCGCGCGCGGCGGUGUGCCACCGCGGCCGCCGGUGCCGCCACCCCUCGAGCAGCCAGGCCAAGCGGCGCCAGACGUCGAAGGCCAGCCCUCCUCGACGCCCUCCCUCGACGCGCUGGUUGGCGAGCACGAGCCGGAGCCGGCCGCCGCUGUCACCGUCGCCGCGACGCCGCGUGCGACGGCGAAGCCGAACCGGCGCUCGUCGUCCCUCGACAAGGACGAUCUGAUGCAGUGGUGCCAAACAACGACAGAGCACUACCCCGGCGUGCGGGUCGCCAACUUCAGCCGCAGCUGGGCCGACGGCCUCGCCCUCUGCGCGAUCCUGCACGAGUACUUUCCGACCGACAUUGGGCAGUUCGAGGCCCUCGACGGCAGCACGGCCGAGGGGCGCGCCGCCAACUUUGAGCUCGCUUUCGGCGUGGCGGAGCGGCGGCUGGAUGUCGAGCGGCUCUUCGACGUGGAGGACAUGACUGCCACGUACCCGACGCCCGACGCAAAGUCGGUCAUCACGUAUGUCGCUAUGCUCUCCAACAAGAUCAAGUCGAUGGACGCAGCCGGGGCGGCAGAGGCGGCCGACGCGACGGAGGCGGCCUCAAAGUCGCUCGCCAGCCAGAAGAGGCAAGGGUCCUCCUUCCUGGGCGCGAUCGCCAACUUCUUUGCUCCGAAGGAGGAGAAGCAGGCGGCGCAAGCUAAGGCGGAGGCCGAGGCAGCCGAGGCGGCGGCCAAGGCGGCGGCAGCCGAGGCAGCCGAGGCGGCGGCCAAGGCGGCGGCAGCCGAGGCGGAGGCGGCUGCGGAGAAGGCGGCGGCAGCCGAGGCGGAGGCGGCUGCGGAGAAGGCGGCGGCAGCCGAGGCGGAGGCGGCUGCGGAGAAGGCGGCGGCAGCCGAGGCGGAGGCGGCUGCGGAGAAGGCGGCGGCAGCCGAGGCGGAGGCGGCCGCGGAGAAGGCGGUGGAGGAGAAGGCGGCUGCGGAGAAGGCUGCUGCGGAGAAGGCGGCCGCGGAGAAGGCGGCGGAGGAGAAGGCGGCUGCGGAGAAGGCGGCUGCGGAGAAGGCGGCCGCGGAGAAGGCGGCGGAGGAGAAGGCGGCGGCCGAGGCGGCGGCAGCGGCGGCGGCAGCGACGGCGGCAAAGGCGGCAGAGGCGGCGGCAGAGGCGGCGGCAAAGGCGGCCGAGGAGGAGACGAAGGCAGCGGAGGCAAAGGCGGAGGCGGAGGCUGCUGCGGCGGCACAGAGGGAGGCGGCGGAGAAGGCGGCCGCAGAGGAGGAGAGGCUGGCGGCUGAGGCGGCGGCGGCCGAGGCCGCUGCGGCGGAAAAGGCAGCGGCGGCAGCAGCGGAGGCUCAGGCGGCUGAGGUGGCAGCGGCAGAAGCGGCCGAAGCGGCGGCAGCUGAAGCAGCGGCGGCGGCGGCGGCGGCGGCGGCGGCGGCGGCGGAGCAGGGCAGCGAAGAAGUGAAGCCGUUGGAAUCAGCCACGUCGUCGCAAUCGAUCGGUUUUGACGCCGGCGUCCAGCUGGCGCUGUCACAGCUGCCAGACGAGCUCAAGGAGCGGAUCCAGUCGUCCUUUGAGAGGGGCGAGUCGCUCCGCAUUGUCCUCGAGGAGCAACCCGCGCCCGAGCCGCAGCCGUCUGACUCGUCCAGGCAGGGAUCGUGGCUUGGCUGGCUCGGUUGGGGCAAGAAGUCGUCGACGCCGCCGCAGCCGCCCAAGGCCGCGUGCCCGGAGCCAGAGGCGAGGGCGGUGGAGAACGCGGAGGCGGCCUCCGUAAAGAGCUACCCGGCUGAGGUCCAGAAGCUCGCCGCGUACGCUCGUGCGCAGCGCGCCGACCAGACGGGCAAGCGGCAAGCGGGGUCGGGCACGAUGGCGGCGGACCACGGCGUCACCGCCGAGGGGUCACAGGACCUUGCCUCCAAGGCCGAGCGGCUCGGGAGGCUCGCGGAGCGGAGCUCGUCGGUGGAGCUCUCUGCGGCGGCGGCAGAGGUGGCUGCCGUCGCAGAGGCGCUGGCCUGCGAGGUUGCCGCCUCCGCUGCCGCCAGCGGCGCGGCCGCCGCCGACCUUGCGGCAAAGGGAAAGGUCGACGCCCUGCUUGCGAAUCGUGAUAGCCUUGGCCUUCGCCGCGCGCUGCUGAUGGAGGUGAACGCUGCCGUGGGCAGCGGUACGGCGCACGGCAGCAGCGCUGCCGAGGUGGACGCGCUGAACGCCGCGCUCGCGGACUGCAUCCGCAUAUUGGCGACCCACAACGAGCGGAAGGCCGCCGCCGUCGCCCCUGCCGCGUAGUCUUUGGGUGGGAUGCGUUGCGCGUUGGGCCUCAGCCAUGGGUGUGCAAGGCGUGAGGUGUCGGUUGUCUCUCAUCGGGUCUCUCAUUCCCACGCAAGGGGACCGUGGUUUUGUUGCAUGCUGGUUUGGGAUGGGUAUUUUCUUCAUAACGAGCGGCUGGU